GUACAAUUUAUAGAUAAUCGGGGGUCUUGCGAGAAGGGACAUGGUGGUAACAGAGACAGGGAGAAAGAAACAGAGAUGACUCUGGGUUUGAUCAAUGCCAACCCCGUCGUUCACGCCAAGAAGGAAAGGGUCGCUCGCACCGAAGAUCCUCCUCACGGUGACGACGCCGUUGACCCUCUCGAAAUUUAUGAUAUCCUUUUAUUUCUUUUUCAAAUUUCAAUCCCUGGAUUUUAAUCAAAUACAAGUUUAGAACUUCGACUGGUUUAGCUUUUACUUGGAUUUCAACUUUUCCUUUUCCUGUUUUUCUUUUUUAAUGUUUGUUUCUGAUGAUAUGAAAAGAAAAAGUUCUGAUCUUUGACUGAAAGUGUAAAUUUUGUGAGGGAUAUAAGAGAUCCAGAGCACCCAUAUUCAUUGGAGCAGCUUAGUGUUCUCUCAGAGGAGUCAAUCACAGUUGAUGAGAAGCUUGGCCGUAUUUUGAUAACUUUCACUCCCACCAUCCAGCAUUGCAGUAUGGCAACAGUAAUUGGUCUGUGUCUCAGGGUUAAAUUAAAGGAAUGCUUUCCUCCUCAUUUUAAGGUUGACAUUAAAGUAGCUCCUGGAUCUCAUGCUAACGAAGAAUCAGGUGAAAUUGCAAGAUUUAUUAAGUCUUUUUAUGUAUGUAAAAUAUUAUGAUGCCUUCCACGACUGUGACAUAUCUUGAUCAUUAAUACAAUUUAAACUGGAUACCAUCAAAAUAUUUAACCUUAUACUCUCAUCACUGUUUUAUGAUUAAAUCCUAUGUUGAUGUUAGUUGAUAAGGAAAGUGAUGGCACAAUAAUACAUAGGAUGCUGGAAUAUGUCUCUGUAAAUACAUUUAGGCAGUGUUCUUUUGAUGGAAUUUUAGUUGGCUGGAUUUGGCAAUACUGGUAUCUAGUAGCUUUGUUUUUGACUAAAAAUUAAAAUUUUUCUACUCUGAAAUGGCAAAAUAAUUAAUGGAUAAUGAGGGUCAGCCCUAAUUUGAGUCAAAUCUAGCACAGCCAUUUGACCCUGAGAUAAUUCCUGUCAGAGCCAUAGAUCAAGUCUCCAUCAAAACUCUUGCGUGUAAUAGAGUAAAUCUAGAACAGCCAUGUGGCCUUCUUCUAUCAAAGCUAUGGAAUCUUAACUUGCUUUGAUUCACAAAGGUCGAUUCUUUGUCAAAACUUGCUUGUUAUUAAAUAUUAGCAUGCAAA